CUCUAUCUCUCACUCUCACUCUCUCUCUCACUUCCAGCUAAAGUUGCUCAGCAGAAGUUUGAUGCCACCCUGAUGCACGCAGUGCCAGCGAUGGCAGCUCAGGACAGGAUGGUGGAUGACGGCAGUGGCCAAACUGAGGUUUGGAGGAUUGAGAACCUGGAGCUGACGCCGGUGGAGCCCGAGAAGUGCGGCUUUUUCUACGGAGGCGACUGUUACCUGGUCCUGUACACGUACCUGGUCAACAGGAGGGAGCGCUUCAUCCUGUACAUCUGGCAGGGCCGGCACGCCACCCAAGACGAGGUGACGGCCUCAGCGUUGCAGGCGGUGAGGGUGGACGGGGAGCACCGGGGGGAGCCGGUGCAGGUCAGGGUCACUAUGGGCCGAGAACCGAAGCACUUCAUGGCCAUCUUCAAGGGGAAGAUAAUCAUCUUCGAGGGCGGCUCGUCAAGGAGGGGGAGCACUCAGCCCGAGCCCCCAGUGAGGCUGGUUCAGGUUCACGGUUCAGAGACGUUCAACACCAAAGCCAUCGAGGUCGCAGCCUACAGCUCGUCCCUCAACUCCAACGAUGUCUUCCUCCUGAAGACCGAGAGCAGCUGCUAUCUGUGGUGUGGGAAGGGAUCCAGUGGGGAUGAACGGGAAAUGGCGAAAGAAGUUGCGGGAAUCAUCCCGGAAGGAGAACCCAUCAUCGUGGCCGAGGGACAAGAACCGGCAAAAUUCUGGGAAGCUCUGGGCGGCAAAGCUCCCUACGCCAGUGACAAAAAGUUGCAGCAGGAGGUCCCGGAUUACCCUCCUCGGCUGUUCGAGUGCUCGGCCAACACCGGCAGGUUCAUCGUCACCGAAGUCACCAGCUUCACACAGGAGGACCUGAGUGAGGGAGAUGUGAUGCUCCUCGACACCUGGGACCAGAUAUUUUUGUGGAUCGGGAAAGAUGCGAAUAAGACAGAGAGGCAAGAAUCGCUGUCCACAGCCCAGAAAUACCUUAUUACACACCCCAGUGGUCGGGAUGUGGACACCCCCAUAAUCAUCAUCAAACAGGGCUUUGAACCUCCAACAUUCACAGGCUGGUUCGUGGCUUGGGACAUCAGCAAAUGGAGCGGAGGGAAACCGUACGAACAGCUGAAGAAUGAACAUAGAGACACUGCGAUCAUCACCCAGAUCACAGCCGACCUGAACAGGGGAAAUUCUAAAAUCGAGCUCAGCCUGUGCCAGACUUUCUCGCUCGCGAUGCUGAUCAACAAACAGCCGUACCAGCUGCCCCAGGGCGUGAACAGAGCCAGGAAAGAGCAGUCGCUGUCGGUGCAGGAUUUCAAGGCUGUGUUUGGAAUGUCACGGGAAGAGUUUGAGGCUCUGCCCAACUGGAAGCAAAUCGCCAUGAAGAAGGACAAAGCCCUAUUUUAAAAAGAUUUUAUACACACACACACGCAAAAUAGAGUCUUUAGGGUAGUUGGUUAACCUGCUAAUUGCUUCCCUGUUUUGAACAGCAUCAAAGCUUGUGGUCUAAAAGAGAUAAAUGCUGGCUUCAUAG